AUGGACUGGAACCGGCUACGCAUCUUCCAGACGGUCGCGGAACGCGGCAGCUUCACCCGCGCCGGCGACAUUCUGGAGCUCAGCCAGUCGGCGGUAAGCCGGCAGAUCGCGGCGCUGGAAAAGAGCCUCGGCGCGGUCCUGUUCCACCGCCAUUCGCGCGGCUUGCUGCUGACGGAACAGGGCGAGGCGCUCUACCGUACGGCCCGCGAGGUCUCUGCGAAGCUCGCGAUGACCGAGGCGCAGAUCGCGGAUUCGCGCGACCGGCCCAGCGGCCCGCUGAAGAUCACGACGACGGUCGCCUUCGCCUCGCUCAUCCUGCUGACAUCGGACGAUCUGCUCGACCUCUCCAUGCGCGAGGCGGACGUGGCAAUUCGCAUGAUCGAGCCGACCGAGCCCGAUCUCGUCCGACGGCACCUGAUGACGGUCCAUUCGUAUAUCUACGCCGCGCCGGACUAUCUCGCCCGGUUCGGGCCGAUCGAGACGGCGGACGACCUCGCCCGCCAGCGCCUGAUCAUCUAUGGCCAGGGGCCGCUCACCGCCAUCGUCAACCCGGACUGGCUGAUCGCGAUUUCGGGCGACCCCGGCGCCGACGGCCGCAUCGUGCUGGAGGCGAACAACAUAUAUUGCAUGCGCGAAGCGGUGGAGAGCGGCCUCGGAAUCGCGGCGCUGCCCGACUACGUGAUUUGGGGCAGCCAGCGGCUCCAGCGCGUGCUGCCGGAGUAUCAGGGGCCCCCCUUCGACGCCUUCUUCACCUACGCCGAGGAGCUGCGAUAUUCCAAGCGUAUCGGGGUCUUCCGCGAUUUCCUGCUCGACGAAGUGGCCAAAUGGCGCUCCUAG